AUGGCCGCUCCUCAAGUACACCACCUCUUCCACGCACCAAUUGCCGACCACUCGUUCUCCUCUGAUAAGCAGACACUUGCUGUCGCCCGGGAGAACAAUGUGGAGCUCUAUCAGUCGUCAGGCAACAAGUUCACAUUAAGUGAUGAACUCAAGGGCCACGAAAAGACCGUGACCAGUGUUGAUAUUGCUCCCAAGAGUGGUCGAAUCGUCACUUGCUCGCAAGACCGUAAUGCCUAUGUUUGGGAAAAGACACCUGAAGGCUGGAAACCCACCUUGGUCCUUCUGCGGAUUAACCGUGCCGCCACCUUUGUGCGCUGGUCUCCUUCGGAACAGAAGUUUGCCGUCGGAUCUGGCGCUCGAGUGAUUGCAGUCUGUUAUUUCGAGGAGGAGAAUGACUGGUGGAUCUCGAAGCAUCUGAAGAAACCCAUUCGCAGUACUAUCACCACUCUCGCAUGGCACCCGAACUCCGUUUUGUUGGCAGCUGGAUCUACCGACUCUCAUGCGCGAGUCUUCUCGAGCUUCAUCAAGGGCAUUGAUGCUCGCCCGGAACCCAGCGCAUGGGGAGAGCGUCUGCCUUUCAACACAAUUUGUGGCGAAUUCCUGAAUGACUCGGCUGGAUGGAUUCAGGGUGUGGCAUUCUCCCCCAGCGGCAAUGCCCUCGCCUUCACCGGACAUGACAGCAGCGUGACCGUCGUAUACCCAAGUGCACCAGAGCAGCCCCCACGGGCGAUGUUGAACAUUUCCACACGAUUGCUGCCCUUAAACAGCCUCAUCUGGAACGGCGAGACUGAAAUCAUUGCAGCUGGCCAUGACUGUGAGCCGUUCCGAUUCCGUGGCGAUGAAAAUGGAUGGCAACUUGCUGGUUCCAUUGAGAAUAAGGCAGGUGAUUCCGGAGGUGCCCGCGAGGAAUCUGCCUUGAACAUGUUCCGACAGAUGGAUCUCAAGGGUCAAACUCAAGCGGACACCAAGCUCAAAUCGACCCACCAGAACACCGUGAACACUGUCCGCGUUCAUGAGGAGGCUAACGGGGCUGUGAAUUCCUUCAGCACAAGCGGUGUUGACGGUCGGGUUGUUGUCUGGUCUGCAUAA